GCCCUCCUCCCAGUGGGUCCAGGCCAGAAGGAACCAUGCGUCCAUUAGAUCCAUUACGUUCAAUCCACCUGCCUGUGCAAAGCGUCCCACCUUCAGUAUGACUUUUCAACCAUGUCCUCAAGUCAACUUAUCCACGGCUUCGACAAAUCUUGGCCCUCGGUAGGUAGGCCAGGCAUGACGCGGUGGCGCAGGCUGCACCCUGUGGCGUCGGAAAAUGCGCCGAGGCUCACAUGCCACAGGCGAUGCGACUCGAUCAACAUGCGACUGCUGACAAUGCGGGGAAACGCCCUGAAUCUGGGGAUUAAACAUGGUCGUUUGCGUCCCUGAUGUAUAGUGAAUCCAUUCUGGAUCCAUUGGCGGAUUCUCUUCGCUCCUCGCCAACAGCGCUCGGGAAUAGUAAAAGGGGCGAACAUGUCGCCUCUCUCGCCGAAAGCAACCCCUCUGCCUCCGCUUCCAUCUGACGAUCCGCUCACAGCAGCGCAAUGGAAGACCCUACUUGCUAUAACCGAUGCCAUCGUUCCAGCCAUCAAACCCAUAUCCACGGCAAACACGCAGACUGAGAUCGCCGUGGCGGACAAUGCCUACUCGACCGCUGUGAGCAAGCUGCAAGCAUGCACGCCGGCGAACGAUCCUGAUGCGGAGACGGCGGCCAAAGACUAUCUAGACGACUAUGCCUCCAAGGAUCCGGCGUUUAAGCUGGCCUUGACGAGGAUACUCGCCAUUUACUUGCCCCAGAGCCAGAAGAAUGAGAUCACUAUGGUCUUGAACAUUCUGAACACGAGGGCUGGCUCGUUCGCCCUCACUGGGUACCUUACCCCCAUUAGUGAGCAACCCGCCCAUAUCAGAGAGUCCAUCAUUCAAAGCUGGGCGACGGCGAGGCUUGGUCUUCUCCGCCAACUACAUAAAUCUUUGACUGUUCUCACCAAGCAGACAUGGAUCAAAAUCACACCGUCUCUACGCCGCGUGCUAGGUGUUCCGCGCGUACCGAUUGGCAUGAAGUCUGGCAAAGGGUACGACUAUGAGUUCAUCCAGUUCCCGCCCGGUGACAAGCCAGAAGUCAUCGAAGUAGAUGUAGUGAUUGUUGGGAGUGGCUGUGGAGGUGCCGUCAGCGCCAAGAAUCUGGCAGAAGCUGGUCACAAUGUCCUGGUCGUAGAGAAAGCCUAUCACUGGACGCCAGAUCACUUUCCAAUGAGCGAGGCCAAUGGCUGGGAUCACUUAUUUAUGAACGGGGCCUUCAUAUCCUCCGACGACAACUCACUCAACGUAGUAGCUGGACAGUCUUGGGGCGGUGGUGGAACGGUGAACUGGUCUGCUUCUCUCCAGACCCAAGGCUACGUCCGUCGUGAGUGGGCAACCAAAGGCCUACCGUUCUUCACGUCGGCCGAGUUCCAGGAAGCCUUGGAUCGCGUGUGUGGCCGUAUGGGCGUCUCCACCGAAUACAUCAAGCAGAACCGCAGCAACGAAAUCCUCCUCGAAGGCGCCAGGAAACUAGGCUGGUCUCACAAACCCGUGCCACAGAACACUGGAGGAAACCAACACUGGUGUGCUCAUUGUACGUUUGGCUGCGGGUCCUGCGAAAAACAGGGCCCUGUCGUAUCUUACCUUCCUGAUGCAGCCCACGCAGGCGCAAAGUUUGUUGAAGGUUUCCAUGCCGAGAAGAUUGUUUUUGCAAGCAAGGGCGGAAAACAGGUUGCUACAGGGGUCCUCGGCACGUGGGUAUCUCGUGACAUUCACGGCGGCGUCGCUGGCUCACCCUUGACGCGGCGAAAGGUCCUCAUCAAGGCCAAACGUGUCAUCGUCAGCGCUGGAAGCAUGCAGUCGCCCCUCCUUUUACUCCGCUCCGGUUUAAAGAACCCCCAGAUUGGACGUAACUUGUACUUGCAUCCUGUCACUAUGCUUGGCGCCUUCCACAAAGAGGAGAUCAAGCCCUGGGAAGGCGCCAUCUUGACGUCGGUCGUGAGCGAGUAUGAGAACCUAGACGGGAAGGGACACGGCGUAAAGCUGGAGGCUACUAACAUGAUGCCCUCGUCCUGGCUCAUCUGGCUCGACUGGAAAAGUGGACUGCAGUAUAAACUCGACGCAGCGCGGAUGAAACACAUGACAGGCUACAUCUCCAUCUGCCGCGAUCGUGACACUGGUCGUGUAUACCCAGAUCCCGUCGACGGGAGAGUUAGAUUCCAAUACUCGACGAGUAAGUUUGACAAAAGACACCUCCUAGAAGGGCUUAUCGCGCUCGCGAAGAUCCAGUACGUCGAAGGGGCAAGUGAGAUGUUUACAAUUAUACCUGGCAUGCGGCCUUUUAUCCGCGAUCCGUUAACGCCUCCUGGUGAGGGGAUCAACGACGAGAAGUUUCAAGCCUGGCUCGAUGAGAUUAGGGCGCGGGGCUUCCCGACGCCGGAGAAUGGAUUUGUGUCUGCGCAUCAGAUGGGGUCGAAUCGCAUGAGUGCGGUGGAGAGGGACGGUGUUGUUGAUCCUGAGGGGAGGGUCUGGGGCACAGAGGGAUUAUAUGUGGCAGAUGCAAGCAUCUUUCCUAGCGCGAGUGGGGUCAAUCCCAUGGUUACGAAUAUGGCGAUUAGUGAUUGGAUUUCGAGGGGCAUUGCGAGGGGUUUGGAAGAGAGGCCUCGGCUUUGAGUAGCCUUUGGAGCCGUAUAGUGUUGGAUAGUAUCGCGAAGGUGACGUAAAGUUAUGAUAUCCCAUUCAAAGUCUACCGUCCA